AUGACUAGUAGAACCCCCCUGAACACCUCUAGGACCUUUAACAACGCACCGUUGGUGAUAAAUCACCAUCAACCACGCACCUUCGUUCCGCUCGCUCCGGACCUCCCUUUCACACCGAACUACCAGCCUGUACCCUCCUAUAUUUCACCAGAGACCUCAGUAUACACCUCCUCCCACUCGUACAGUCAUGGGAACGACUCAUCUGGAGCCGGACCUAGCAAUAGCCGCCCCGAAGAUGAGUACGAGGCCGACCUUGCCUCUAUAGUGCAAUUGGCAAACCUUUCAGCCGGCAAUUCGGGAUACGACAACUCGGUUGAAGGCCAGCCUAUAGCUCCCAAUUCGCAAGAUAUAGCCAACAAGACCACUUCUAAAGCACCUACCAAGAGGGCAUCCACUCGGAAGGAGAUUACGGCUGCUAAAUCAGCCCGUAAAGGUCCCCAACAACGACGUAUUCGACAUAACGAGGGUGUAGACCCCUCAACGGCGGCUCAGGCCUCUCAGGCCAUUAUAGAUGGUCAUCUAAGGGCCCCCCGUACCCAGCGAACAUACGCAGGGUACAUGAGGAGGUGUCGGGAGUGGCUAGACGAAUGGAACGCGAAUCGAGCAGAAUCCGAACCGGAUCUUACCGGAGCGCUCGAUGAACUUAGCGAUCGAUCUGCGACCUGUGUACAACUCUACAUCGCUCAUGGAGUGUCAGGGAAGAAUGGUACGAAGCCUCUGAGCAAAGAUACGUGUGAUGGCAUCAAGGCUGCCCUCAAAGCACACUUCCGAACGACGUUCGGAAAUCGUUGUUACGGAGAAACCUGGCAACAGAGGCCAGAUGGUCAGUGGGAAGGGAACCCUAUCUUCGAUGGUCUCGUUGUUACGGCGGAAGUCGCUAAUCGAGAUAGGUCCUAAGUCGUAAGGCGUAGGGUGCUUAUAGGUGAAUCGCAGGUAGUCGGGAGAAUGUCGCAAGUUCGCUUAGAUGAAGCGGGUUC